GGCGCGAUGAUUUUUCCAAUGCCCCCAACGCGCCCAACGUAGAUUUUUCGGACCCGAUGUUUUCAAUGAUGAUAAAGGACUGGAUAAAAUCUUGAUUAUUAGUGGCAAAAAGAUGAUGAAAAAUUAAUUUAGGUGUAAUAUUGUGGUUUCGCCCAGUGCUUGUGUUGUCAGUUUACAAGGUCCUCUAAUGCCUGAUCAGCAGGAGCACCCGGGCAAGACAAUUGCUUGAAAGGAAAUGUAGAGAUAUUAUUUUAGUUUUGUGAAAUAUGAAACAGCAAUUAUAAUGGCCUUUCAAACAUCAUUGAGGACAUUCCUUUCGCACACUAAAAUUGUGCAUUUUGGGUGGUUGAGGUCAUUUUCGUCAACUAGACCUGAAAGACUGUCAACUCAAACUUUCCUUGAAGUUCAGCAGCUGAGGCAGUCACAGGCAAAACAGUCUUUGCUGGUGCAAGUCUCAUCAGCAAAGUCAUCUGAUCAGCUGGGAUCAUAUUUGGAACAGUAUGGGACCAUCAAUAGUCUUUUUCACUACACAGCAGAUAAAAAGGAGUUUCUGUUUGUGGAGAUGUCAUCGCCGGCGGAGGUGGAGGCGGUGCUGCAGUGCGCGUGCCACCCGUACCAGGCAGAGGUGGUGCCGGUCAGCUCUCCGCUACUCUGGCUGCGCUCCGGCGGACCGCCGCAGACCGCCCCCAAACGCGCCCUGCCGCCGCCUGUGUCUGGGAAACUGCUGACGCCAGCGGCCCUGUGCGACGAGAUUUCCGCAUGUUCCACGCUGGAUGAUCAGCUGCUGCGUCACCACGAGCUGACACGUCUGACCGAGCUGGGCGCCCGGCUGCGCUACUUUACCUGCGAGCUGCUGGAGCGCGCGCUGGCCGGCCUGUUUCCCGCGGCCCGGGUCAGACCGUUCGGCUCCUCGGCCAACGGCUUCGGCCGGCACGACUGUGACGUGGACCUGAUCCUGGAGCUGGCGCCCGAGGCCGCCGCGCAGCCGUCGCAGCGUCUGGCGUUCCAGACCCUGGCGGCGAAAAAGGACAGUCGCACACAGGUACAGCGCUACCUGAACUUCCUGGCCGACCUUCUGGUGUCGCUGAUGCCCGGCUGCUCGCAGGUGAGGAGGAUUCUGAAGGCCCGCGUGCCCAUCGUCAAGUACACGCAGUCCCUGACGGGUGUGGACUGCGACCUCUCCAUGAUGAGGAACGGCAUCCACAUGACGGAGCUGCUGUUCAUCUGGAGCCAGCUGGACACGCGAGUGGCGCCGCUGGUGCGCGCCGUGAGGCACUGGGCGGAAAAGGUUCACCUGACCACGUGUGUAUCGGGUUCCGGGCGGUUCAUCUCGAACUUCGGGCUCACCCUGCUAGUCAUUUACUUCCUACAGACUCGGCCGGUGCCGCUGCUGCCUUCCGUCAACGAGCUUACACAACUCGCAAGGCCGGGUGACACGGCGCUCGUGGACGGCGUUUCGUACACGUUCCUGCGCGACCCGAGUCUCGUCCCCGUCACGGCCAACACCGAGUCCCUCUCCGAUCUUCUGGCGGGGUUUUUCGACCUCUACGCCAGCCUGGAUCUGAACGCGCACGCCCUGUCGGUGGUGUGGGGCGGCACGUUCGGCCACCCGGGCGACGCGCCGCUGCACGUGCAGAACCCGCUGGACCUCGAGCUGAACGUCACCAAGAACGUGUCUCGAGAGGAGGUGUGUCGACUGGGCGGCGAGGCGAGCCGCGCCGGCCGUCUGCUGGAGGAGGGGCGCUGGUGGGAGCUGCUGUUUGGCGAGGGUGUACGGCAGCCUCAGGUGAAACCCAUCUCCGUGAGACAGCUGUUUGAUGACGAGGACGGGGAAAAGGCGGUGAAAGAGGCGCCGAGUUCGACGGUCGACGCGGUGCGGCUGGCGAGCCUGCUGGGUGACGCGGGGCGGGGAGGCCGAGCGGGGCGGGACGCGGCGGCGGCAGAGCAGGCGGGAGUGUCGAGACGGAAGGGUCGCGGUGGCUCCAGCGACGGGUCCACUCCGUUCUCCGGUCUGCGGCUCACAGUGGAUGGGGAGGUGCAGGGACUAGAGCGAGCGCCCAUCCUAGCCACCAUAUCAGCCGCCGCGGCCGCCGCCCGCCAGCGAAAGGAGGCCGAGCAAGCCGCCGCGGCCGCCCGAGACGCACGCUCGGAACCAGAGACUGUAGCGGUACUCGACGAGUCGUCGAAUAAGAAGCCCGCUAAGCGGAAGAAGAAAAAGAAACGCUCGCAGGCCGAUAGCUGAUAGUGGCUUUUUGUAGGGAUUGAAUAUUCGGUGUGCAUGAUGGCAGCCGGCUGUCUUGGAUGCGUGUGGUGCAAUGCAUGUGAUUAGUGUACUUUUGCGAUAAAGCGUCGCCAACAUGCUGUGAUCAAUUGUGUACCGUGUGUUUCCUGCCAUUGCAUGGAAUUUAUCCAGAUUGGUGACCACUGAUUAAAAAUACAAAAGUGACGUUAUGUAA